AUGAGACCCUUCAUCGCCGCUGCGGCGCUGUUUGCCUCGUGCGCCGUUGCCCAGACCUUCCAGCGUCUCGGUGGUUGUCCAGACCUAGGCUGUGUUUUCCCUCCAGACCAGGCGGACUUUCUCCCCGGUCAGUACUUUGAUAUCCGCCUCGAGGUCCAUUCUCCCGUCAACGGAUCAGAGGCUCGACAGGGGGAACCGGAUCCCAACUUCCAGUUCACUAUCGCCAAGAAGGGCAAGAAGCCUGUUCCCGCGACCAAGUUCUUUGACGUCAAGGAGCCCGAGCUGGAAAGAUGGAACUUUACCUGGUACGAAGACCUGUUCGCCGAAGACGCGGACAAGCCCUCGCUCGUGAAUGUCACCUCCAAGGCGUACCGACGCGUUGCGCUCUACGAGCCGGGAGAGUAUGAGGCCACUUUGACCUAUUACGGGAAGCAAAAGACCAUUGCCAACUGGUUGGUUCGGGAUGUUCCCUCGAAGCGUCGCGCAAAGAACGUAAUUCUCUUCGUCGGUGACGGCAUGACCACGAAUAUGAUCACGGCCGCUCGUCUGAUCGCCCACCGCAGCGUCAAUGGAAAGUACAUGACCAAGAUGCAGCUGGACAAGUUCCCGGUGCUGGGACAUCAGAUGACGCACUCGAUGGAUUCUUUCAUCACGGAUUCCGCCAACUCGGCCACAGCGCUCUACUCCGGCCAUAAGACUACCGUCAACGCCCUGAACGUUUACGUGGAUUCCUCAGAGGACGCCUUUGACGAUCCUAAGUUCGAGACCAUCUCGGAGAUUCUGCGCCGCCGCUACCCUGGGGCCGGAGUGGGUAUUGUCUCGACGGCCUUCCUGGCGGAUGCCACCCCAGCGGCGCUGGCUGCUCACACCAGUGACCGUGGGGAGUACGACCACGUUAUCAGCGCCUACCUGGCGGGCACGCUCACCGACUACGAAUGGACGGAGUGGGAGGGUCCCGAUGUGCUCUUUGGCGCUGGAGCCGAGAACUUCCUCACGAGCGAGGACGCCCCGAGGGAUUACUACCGGCUCUUCGCGGAGAAGGGCUACAGCGUCAGCUGGAACAACACGGCGCUCCAGGCGGCGUCCAACCAGAGCAAGGCGCUGGGCGUGUUCCAGACCUCCAACCUGGCCACCUGGCUGGACCGCAAUGUGUACCGCGACAACCUCCGCAACAAGAAGAACUACCCGGAUGGCUCGGAUCGCGAUGCCGAGGAUCUCCCGGGCCUCAAGGAGAUGACGCUCAAGGCGAUUGACGUGCUGCACGCCCGCCACGGGGACGAGGGAUGGUUCAUGAUGGCGGAGGCGGCCAGCAUCGACAAGCAGAUGCACGCGCUGGACUAUGACCGGUCGCUGGGCGAGCUUCUGGAGCUGGAUGACACCGUGCGGGCCACGAUGGAGAAGCUCAAGGCGCUGGGCGAGCUGGAGGACACGCUCAUCGUCGUGACGGCGGACCACGGCCACGGCUUCGACGUCACAGGCUCGGUGGACACGCAGUAUCUCAACGCACAGGACGACGACCGGGACAAGCGCCGGGCCAUCGGCAACUAUGAGAACUCAGGUCUGUCGCAGUACACGGUGGGAGGAGCCAACGGGCUGCGCUACUCAGAGGGCGUCCACUUCCCGGCCCGUUGGGAUCCGCGAUAUGCGCUGCACGCCGGCACAGUGGCGUUCCCGGAUCACCGGGAGAACUACCAGGUGCACAAGGAUGGCCCGCGCACGCCGGCGAUGCCCCUCCAGUCCGACAACUACGUGGCCAAUUACAAGGACGCGGUGACGGGAUUUCUGGUCAACGGUACGCUGGGUCUGGACCAGCCGCAGGGCGUGCACUCGUUGACGGAUGUGCCGGUGUAUGCUCAGGGACCGUGCCAGGAGCUGUUCGCCGGAACCUACAACUCGAUUGAUAUCUUCUACUCGAUGGCAGAGUGUCUGGGAUUGGCGGAGAAGAAGAAGGGACAUGGACGGGGACAUUAA